UUCGAUUUUCCUUCCCAACAGUGAUUAUUAAAUUAAUUCAAAUACAGCCCGGAGGUUGGUCCACAAUCUGCCAAUCCCCAUGAAGACGGAAGUGAAAAGGCAUUAUCGAGAAGGACGCGAUAUGAUAAUUUGUACAAGGGGUUGAGUUUACUGUUCGUGUCCACAAAACCAAUUGGCGAGAAUUGCGGUUUGCCAUUGCAGCUCGGACGCAGACAGAGUGAAGAUUCACUACUUGUACUUGGCAAAUUUGCUGUCAGUUAUAGCGAGUGAGAAAGCUGAUCACGAUGAACGACUCAAACACAGAUGUGAUGGAGGUAUCUGAUGAUAGCUUCACAACUGUCAUGUCCUACAUGACUACCAUGGAGAUAAACACCACAUCAGCGCCAGAUGGGAUAAUGUACAGCUACGGUGAGAGGGUCUUCAUCGGCCUGAGCUGGUUGAUCAUCUCCAUCUUGGGUAUGACCGGCAACGGCAUGGUCAUCCUGGCCGUAGGGCUGUCCAGACGGCUCCGGACCCCUACUAAUGUCUUCGUGGUCAACUUAGCCGUGGCAGAUUUCCUGUCGUGUUUCUGUCUCCCGUGGAGUGUGGCUGGUCUUCUGAGUCAGAACGGAAUCACUGGAGCCGAGAUACCAUGCAUGGUCACCGCUUUCAUCAGCUACGUAAGCUCAGGCGCGAGUCUCUACCACAUGGCUAGCAUUGCUCUGAACCGUGUGCUUCUCAUCAAGAGACCCAUGACUGCUUACCAAUGGCUCUACACCCCUACUAAGAUCACCUUUCUUGUGACAUUUUCAUGGCUUGUUGCAAUCUGCGUCAUUUUGUUGCCACCUCUGGCUGGUAUCGGUAGUCUUGGCUACGACGAGCAGGAGCACACAUGCACUGAUGAUGACACCCACCCCCUGGCCAAGCUCUACCAACUCACCCAGGUAGUCUUCUUCUUCCCUGGUCCAAUGAUCAUCAUCGUUGUGUGCUACAUUAUCGUAUUCGCUCAUGUCCGCAGCCACUUCAUCAAGCAGAAGAAGCGCCGACCAUCCUACCAAAUAUCCAAGGACACUCCGAGUGGCCCCGUCAGCAGCGGCUAUAUCCCCUCUGACAGCCCGGCGGAAAUCCAGGCGGGAGACACCAUCGACGCCUCGGUCAGGAAUCGCCUCAACCGGCAACAAAUUCAGAUCACUAAGAACUUACUGAUGAUAGUGGUGGUCUACUUCGUCUGUAUCAUCCCCUAUAGUGUCAUGCUCUUCACGGGCAGCGAUCGCUACACACUCUACGGUGGUACCAUCUUCUUAUGCAAUACAUGGAUCAACCCGAUAGUCUACGCUACAAAACACCCCCAGCUUAAGGUAGUACUUAGAAUGAUGAUUCGAUGCCGAUGCAACAAGAUCCCUGAUCCAUCCCGAAUGGUAAGACGACUAUCAAGCAAGACCAUCAAGAUCAACAAUGUCAACCAAACCAAGGCCUAAAGAACUUUGCCAUCAAAUCCUCAUGACUUUUUAACUUUAGGUCGAGACAUCCACAGUUGGACUUAGAUCUCCACUGCCUCAUGACUCUUAAACGUUAGCUCGCUGAGGUAUGCUCCGAGCGGCCUAACAUGUCAUACUUUAAGGGGAAUGCCCCCGUCAGUUGUCCUGACAUCGUAAGUAUGAUUUGGUUUCAAAGAGAAGAUGCUUCGAUUGCUUGUAACUGCAAAACCAUUUCGUAAAAAUCUGAUUUGGUUUUAGAAGUGCUGAAAUACUUUAUUAUUGUCAGACGAAAUCAAAGGUAUCAAGCAAAUAAGUCAAGAUUUUUCUCCCUGGAAACCAGACGAUACUUAAACACUGUGAAUAAAUCUGAAAAUACGUAUGUUUUGCUAAAGUAGUUCUAACAUGAUCAUUAUGAAAAUUGUGCCCACCGUUUAAGUUAAUAUAUUUGUGUGUGACACCAUGAGAAAACUUUAUACUCGGUGCACUGGAUAUUAUACAAAUAAUUGAAUGCAUUUGAGUCUAUUGUCGCAGGUGAUAACCUUUUUCGCAUGUGAAAUCUGGACUAUCCCAUUUCACAAGGCAAAGUCGAGUAAAAUGGAAAGACCAGAUUUUACCGAGUGAUUAUGUCAUGCGACAAUACACGAACAAAAUGCAUUCAUUGUUUUUGUUUUUAAAUAUAUUUUCUGUAUAACUUACUGGGAUAUAGAUUCUAGUUAUUCAAAUUUGUUUACAAUAAACACAAAACACGAACUCAUGCAACCCGGACUCUGAAAACUCGAGGUAUCUAAAAAAUAAAAAUGAAAAGAAAUGACAGCAAACAAAUCAAACUCUAACCGUUGACUAAAUGACAAUAACAAUGUUUUCCGCUGUGACAUGACAUUGCCUCGUUUGGACAAACUGGCAGUAAAUGAUUAUUCAAACGAUGAAGCAUCAUUUAAUUAUCCAUAUUGGACUGCAAUAUUAAAUUCUGGAGCGUCGUAAAUACAUAAUACAAUAAUGGUGAAAUUUGUGAAAUUCAAGUUGAUAUUUUACUGCUAACGAAAUUUGAGUUGAAACUCUUGAAUCAAAAGCACCAUUUUGUAGACAUGGACAAGGGGGGGACGAUAGGAAAACUAAAAUAAUUUUAUGGUUGGGAUAUUUUUAGCCUCAAAGUAAAUGAUGUCAAAUAAUACAUGCUUUCGCUGUAUGGAAAAUAUAACUGUUUGAUGUUCAUAAAACAAAGAAACAAUCCAUAUUUUAAGAGGGCAAAUCAUUUAGUAUUUUUAUUUGUUUCUGUAAACAUGGUUCCAGUCAGUUUAAAUUUAUGAACUUAUCAUCUUGUCUUUGCGAUUUUUGAAGUCGAGCCUCGUAUAAAAUAAAUAAUUAAAAUAGAUGAAUAAUAAAGUACACAACUGUGCUCUAAAACAGACAUUGUAAAUAAUUCAAAGGAUGCCAUAGAGUAAGAUAAUUAAGAAUAAAACUGCAAUUAGAAUCAAUCUUGACGACACAGGAAUGAAAUUCGAAUAAUCUAUUAUUAACGAGGUGAUAUAAGAUUAAAUCUGAUGACACAGUGAAGACAUUUGAAUAAUUUAUCACUGAAGAAUCAAUUAAUAUUUUAUCUUUAUGACUUUAGGGAAACACGUUUGAAAAUUCUAUUAUUAAUAAGAUGACAAAAGGUUCAAUUUUUGAUGACACAUAGGAGAAACUUGAAUAAUCUAUCCUUAAAGGGCAGGUAUAUGUCAUUAAAGGAAAGUUAUCAUUCUUAAAAGAAAUGGCAAUGGAAACUUGUUGGUUAGAAGCGUAUAGCAGCUUUCGAUGUUAUAAAGCAUUUUGAAAAACAUUUCACUUCAAAAUAAUGUGG